AUGGCGGUUAGAGAACAAAACCUCAUGCCUGUCGUUGAACGGACAGGAGAAGUUUACAUCCAUGGCAAGAUAAUAACUGCUGAACGGCCAAACACACGCGUUCUACAGCGUACUCAAGGAGCGCAUCCUCAAGAGAUCAGGGCGAAUGGGGAACAGCGUAUCAUGCUCCCGACCGGUCAUAGUGAACAACCGUAUUCUCAAGAUGCGACCACAAAGGAUGAACAGCUCGUCAUAACAGUCUCCGGACAAAUGCGCCGAUCACUUGGUCAAGAUGAGGAGUUAACCAGAGCACAAGAGACGAUGCCUACUUUUCAACAGUACGUACACGGUGUGGGAAAAACUGCCGAAGCAUUCGCCAAACCUAUUUCUCGACGAGCGCUUGUGCAAACUGACGUGGUAAAGCGAGAACAUGACAUUAGCUUCCCUUGGCAGACAGAGCAGAUGUAUGCUCAGGAAGUGACAAACCAUGAGCGGCCCUCUAUGUCAGCAUAUGGACAGGUGACCGAGAAUCGUAACAUACGACAGUGGACUAACAUGCUUUCUCGUGACAGUGACGAUUUUCCAGCCUAUAUUUAUGAUCCACCACCACCGCCAGUAAUAAAGCAACCCAUGGCCGGAACAAGAGGUCGGCAACUUUACAUCCCAGAAGACAGUCAGUUCCUACUGGAACCUCUGAUCGAUCAAAGACUGGUCUCCAGAUAUCUACGAGAACAGUACAACAACCGACCAGAUGAUACCGAUAAGCAUUGA